AGGCUGUGCAUGUGGGGCACGAUGGUGCCUGCCAGGGUGCUGGGGCUGCUGCUGUGCGUGCAUGUCUGCAUGGGCAGCGAGGAGCUGCGGCUGGUGGAUGGCGGUGGGCGCUGUGCCGGUCGCGUGGAGGUGAAGCACGAAGGCGAAUGGGGCUCCAUCUGCAGCUAUGACAUGCAGUGGAGCACGCGAGAGGCCAGUGUGGUGUGCCGCCAGCUGGGCUGUGGCACUGUGGCCCAUACGUCCCCAUACGCCCCAUUUGGGCAGGGCAAGGGACGCAUCUGGCUGCAUACCAUCUUCUGCGAUGGCACUGAGACCACCCUGCAGGACUGCUCUCACUACGGCUGGGGGAACCACUACUGUGGCCAUGAGUGGGAUGUUGGGGUGAUCUGCACAGAGGCGCUGGAGCUGCGGCUGGUGGACGGUCGGGGACCCUGCGAUGGGAGAGUGGAGAUGAAGCUGCGGGGACGCUGGGGCACAGUGUAUGACGGUGCUUGGGGCAUGAAUCAUGCCGAGGUGGUGUGCCAGCAGCUGGGCUGUGGCUCUGCUGCUCACACCACUUUUACCUCACACAUUUUGGAAGCCCACAGUACCCUAAUGUUGGCCCGUGUCAACUGCAAGGGAACUGAGAAAGCCAUCUGGGACUGCAACAUUCAGAGUUGGGGUCCCUACAGUGUCAUGACUGAUUAUAACGCCUCUGUGGUCUGCCAAGGGUUCUCCCGGCUGGCCGGAGGGGACAGCGAGUGCUCAGGAAGGCUGGAGGUGCGGCAGGGCCAGACCUGGGUCAGCGUCUGCCAUGGCCACGUGGACCUCAUGGCCGCCCAGGUCGUCUGCAGGGAGCUGGGCUGUGGUACUGCACUGGCC